CGUGAAAUGCAGUUGUUCGGAGCAUACAAGUAAAGUAUGUAACUAUACAGCAUCAAUCAGUUUAUGCAGAAAGCCACUGAGGGACAGGCAUUCACGGUACAGUACUGUACUUCAGCUUGUGCCAUACUAGGAUCACUUCUGAGCUAUGCGGCAGUCGUGAACAAAAUGGAAACGCGUCCCUGGGUUUCGGAACGUCUGGUUGCGAACUGGCGUUUUAGUGCGGGUAGUGAUCGGUCUAUGACGAGUACAUGGAUUUGAUAAUGUUAUAUUUGGCGUUCAUUUGUGAAGUGUGCAACGAAGUGAUUUUUAUCGGUCAUGGGUGCUGAGCAAAGUGUGACACAAGGCCCUUUUCGGAAGCGCAGUCGAUCUUUGGAUCGUCACGAUGGAACAUUAUCACCACCUCUAUCCAUUGCAUCUGACGUGGAUGCCCCAUACAUGUCAUCAACGAUCAACAGACCCAUCGGAGACUCACCGAAACGACAAUCUGCGAUUCUCUCCAGGGCGAGAGGUGCGAAAGAUCUCGUUAAUUUACGUGCUGUGAAAGCGGACCGACGGAGAGUGUCACAGUUUCCUGAAGAAAUCACCGUUGUGAAUCUGUCAGUGGACCCGGGAUCUGUUCGCAACGAAGUUGCCAAGGAAAUAAAACGCUUCGAAGACAUACCGCAGUUUUUACCAAUUCUUCGUGGCGCUCUGAAGGGCUCUCUCUUCGGCCGGAGUAAAAGUCGCGACGACUUGGCAUGCAUGGAGAAAAUUGACAGUCGUCCUAUGUUGAGCAUGGCUCGAACAUGUCUUGAAUUCAUGACCCAUAAUGCUUUGAACACAGGGUCUGAACAGAGCCGUGUAAUGUCCAAAGUCAGAGAUAUGAGUGAAUUGUCUGUGGAAGAGCUUCGCGCGCGCGUCGCUGAAUUAGAAGUUCAGCUGGAAGCCACAAAGAAGGAUUCAUCUGAGAAGAUGCAUCGUGAGAAGAUCACGUCAAUGUCGGAUGAAGUCGUCGACAGUAAUCCGUACAGCCGACUCAUGGCGCUGAAACGCAUGGGAAUCGUGGAAGAUUAUGCCAAAAUCCGCUCAUUCACGGUCGCCAUUGUCGGCGUCGGAGGAGUGGGAAGCGUUACUGCGGAAAUGCUCACGCGUUGCGGCAUUGGGAAGCUCAUCCUUUUCGACUAUGACAAAGUCGAGUUGGCCAACAUGAACCGCCUUUUUUUCCAACCUCAUCAAAGCGGCCUGUCCAAGGUGGACGCCGCGGCAGCCACGCUUCGCUUCAUCAAUCCGGACGUGACGUUUGAAACGCACAACUACAACAUCACGACUGUGGACAACUUUGAGCACUUCAUGUCGAGGAUUGUAUCUGGAAGUCUGACUGACGGGCCCGUCGACCUGGUUCUCGGUUGUGUGGAUAAUUUCGAGGCGAGAAUGGCGAUCAAUGCCGCGUGUAAUGAGAAGUACCAGGUUUGGAUGGAGUCUGGAGUGUCGGAAAAUGCAGUUUCUGGGCACAUUCAAACUAUCAUUCCCGGAAAAACUGCAUGUUUUGCGUGCCUUCCUCCUCUGGUGGUUGCUUCCAAAAUCGACGAAAGAACCCUGAAGAAAGACGGGGUUUGCGCAGCGAGUUUGCCCACAACAAUGGGUAUCGUCGCCGGAUUCCUGGUUCAAAAUUCCUUGAAAUACCUUUUGAACUUCGGAUCUGUGUCCGACUACGUUGGAUACAAUGCACUAGAAGACUUCUUCCCGAAAAUGUCGCUGAAACCUAACCAACAAUGCGAUGACUCUUUCUGUCGCCAAAGACAAGAAGAAUAUCAGCAACGCUGUCAGAAUGAUCCAACUGUUACCGAUGUGGUUUCUGCAGAAACUGAAGCUAUUGUUCAUGAAGAUAACGACUGGGGAAUUUGUGUGGUUGAAGACGAUUCAGCGCAUGACGUCGAAGAUCUGCAUGCCGGGGACGGUGUCAGAUUCCAGUACACGAAAGAGGAGUCGAAAGUGAAAAGCCACGAAGAACCACAAGAAGAAAUCGAAGAAAGUCUGACGGAUCUAAUGGCUAAGAUGAAAUCUCUUUAA